AUGAAGGAAAGUAAGGAAUUAAAACGUGAUCAAAUAAUUAUUUCUUCACUCGAAACCUACAAAGACAACUUUAAAAAUUCAUUAACCUCUUUGAAAUACCCCUCUUACGAUAAAUUAGUUUUCAGCAAAUCAAAUUUAGACCACAGAGGGAGGAAUUCGUUUUUGUGCAGAAGUAGUAGCAUUGAAACAGGCAAGCGAUUGCUAACUUCGGAAACAUAUUAUUGA